AUGCGCGUGAAACGGGCCAAGGCAUACAAGAAGGCGAUGCAGUUUUAUCAGCAGGCGUUUGGGUUCCGCCAGCCGUACCAGGUCCUGAUCACACCCGACUUUAUCGAUGAGUGCAUCGCCAGCAAAUUGUCGAUGAAGGAGGAUUUGCCCGAAGUGUUCCAGGGGCCUGUGAAGCAGCUGGUCAGCGAGUGCACGCUGAAGGAGCUCCGCAAUGGCGGAGACGAUAAAAUCGUGGCUCUGGCUGCGAUCAAGCUAUUUGAGCGGCGGCGGUGUCCACACAAGGAGCUAUCACUGACUGGCCUCGAGUGUGUGCGCAAAAUCAUGGGCAAGGUGAACGAGCACAACUACGCAGUUGCGACGCAGGAUAUCAAACUCCGGAAUAAGCUGCGCAAUAUCCCUGGUGUGCCGAUUGUGCAUGUCAAGCAACGCCAGGUGGUCCUCGAGCCGAUCACGCAGCUUUCGCGCGAUGAGCUCAAGCGGAGAACAGAGGAGAAACUGAAGCCAAGCCGGUUUGAGACGAAGGUGGUCAAGACAGUCAAGAGGCAGGACCGCCAGGAGAGA